GGCGGGAGGGCGAGCCGGCGGCACGGGAGCAGCCGGCGGUUGGGCAGCCGCCACCCCCCGCGCUCCCCUCCUCCCCCUUUAUUACCCUUUGUGUGCGUCGCCGCCUGCGCUGCUCCGGGGCCGGCCGGGCGGCGGGGGGCCGCCGAGAUCCUUAUUGAUGAUGGUGGUCACUGGAGGUAUAAAUAGUGAAGAAUAUGUGAUUUACAGAGAAGAUGUGUAAAAUCUGUUUCUUUUAGGCAGCAAAGGAAGAAGAGGUGUUUUCACAACAAAACAGACAAAGAAUCGUAAAGACUUGAAGAAACUCUUUCCAAAUUCCUCCCAGAAGUUCAGAGACCCACUGAAGUCUGGUGGAUCACCUCCACCAGUCUACCCAGUCUGAGAUGUAACGUGGGGCGCAGGAGUUCCACAGAUGAGGGGUGCAGAAAGGCCAGGACCCAGCCUCGAUGGCCAGAGCCCAUCACCGAGCUGUAAACAGGAGAAUAACUAAAGCAAAGCUGAAAGGGCACAAAGAAUUUUAAGAAACUUGAAGAUCCCCCAAGUCACUAGAAGCAAGACCAUGAGGAGCACUGAAGCUUGGAAUGAACAAGAUGAACAUAUCCACCUUAAAUCUAAUGCUUAAUGAGGAAAAAGACUGUUUUAUUGGAGCUGGGGAGUCAUGAAAGAAUCUCAAGAAGAGAACUUGGAUAAUGAAUGGAAGAUAAAAAGAAAACAAAAAGAAUGUGGCAUAUAAAGGGUAUAAUACCUGGAGGUAUUAGAUCUGACUCAUAUUUAUAAAAAUGAGACAAGCUUUCACAAAAUACAAGUUAUCUUAGACAGUCAUCAAGCUUGGAGCCAUGCUGUUGAACUAGAAAUUCUCCUUUUCCCCAUUCUCCUUUCUGACAGGUAACAAAGGAUUGGUGAAUUACCAUUUUCCCAAGUUGGAAGCACUAAUUUAUAUAUAUAUAAUCCACCCUUAUGAAUAUAUAAGGAGUUAAACAUUGCAUAUUUAAUGUGGAUUAUAAUGGGAAACUGACUCAUUAACAAAAAUGGCCACUUUUAAGGACUUGGUUUCAAACUGAGAUGGAGCCUCCCAAUGCACUUUGUACAAUUUGGGGAAAGGUGUACUGAAUGGCCUUCUUUGGGAGGCCAUGAUGACAUGUAGUAAAAGGAUAUCAUCUUACUGUUGAUAUCUUUGAAGACUCAUAAACAGAAACAGAAAAAUGAAUGGAGGAAAGGAGUGUGACGGAGGGGACACAGAUGGAGGGCCACCAGCAGUGCAAGUUCCAGUUGGGUGGCAACGACGGGUGGACCAAAGUGGAGUGCUCUAUAUCAGUCCCAGUGGGUCUUUAUUAUCCUGCUUGGAGCAGGUGAAGACGUACUUGCUGACUGAUGGAACAUGCAAGUGUGGCCUGGAGUGUCCUCUUGUUCUCCCCAAGGUAUUUAAUUUUGAUCCUGGAGCUGCUGUGAAGCAGAGAACUGCUGAGGAUGUUAAAGCAGAUGAAGAUGUCACCAAACUAUGCAUACAUAAAAGGAAAAUUAUUGCUGUGGCUACACUUCAUAAAAGCAUGGAAGCACCUCAUCCUUCACUAGUUCUAACUAGUCCUGGUGGUGGAACAAGUGCAACUCCAGUAGUUCCUACUCGAGCAGCAACUCCAAGAUCAAUGAGGAAUAAAUCACAUGAAGGAAUUACAAAUUCUGUGAUGCCAGAAUGUAAGACUCCUUUCAAGUUGAUGAUAGGGGCAUCUAAUGCCAUGGGUAGGCUUUACGUGCAAGAAAUGGCUGGAAGCCAGCAACAAGAACUUCAUUCUGUCUAUCCUAGGCAGAGAUUGGGUAGUAGUGAACUUGGACAGAAGUCUCCAUAUCGUGGCAGUCAUGGUGGGAUGCCCAGUCCAGCUUCAUCAGGAUCACAGAUAUACGGGGAUGGCUCAAUCUCUCCUAGGACUGACCCACUUGGAAGCCCUGACGUUUUCACAAGGAACAAUCCUAACUUUCAUGGAGCACCCAACUCCAGCCCUAUUCACAUGAACAGGACACCUUUAUCUCCACCAUCAGUAAUGCUACAUGGUUCUCCCAUACAGUCAUCCUGUGCAAUGGCUGGAAGGACUAAUAUACCUCUUUCCCCAACCUUGACCACAAAAAGCCCAGUAAUGAAAAAACCCAUGUGUAAUUUUUCAGCUGGUAUGGAAAUACCACGAGCAAUGUUUCACCAUAAACCGCCCCAAGGUCCACCUCCACCUCCUCCACCGCCUUCUUGUGCUCUUCAGAAAAAGCCAUUAACAUCAGAAAAGGAUCCACUUGGCAUACUUGACCCUAUUCCUAGCAAACCAGUGAAUCAGAAUCCUGUUAUCAUUAACCCAACUACUUUCCAUUCAAAUGUCCACUCUCAGGUACCUGUGAUGAAUGUAAGCAUGCCUCCUGCUGUCGUCCCUUUGCCAAGUAAUCUUCCUUUGCCAACUGUAAAACCUGGUCACAUGAACCAUGGAAGUCACGUUCAAAGAGUUCAACAUUCAGCUUCAACUUCCCUCUCUCCUUCACCAGUGACAUCUCCAGUUCACAUGAUGGGGUCUGGGAUUGGAAGGGUUGAGGCUUCUCCCCAAAGAUCACGUUCUUCUUCCACGUCAUCAGAUCAUGGACAUUUCCUGCUGCCUCCAGUAGGACCACAAUCAUCAUGUAGUGGUAUUAAAGUUCCUCCCAGGUCCCCAAGGUCAACGAUAGGCUCACCCAGACCAUCUAUGCCAUCUAGCCCUUCCACCAAGCAUGAUGGACUUAAUCAAUACAAGGACAUCCCUAACCCAUUAAUUGCUGGAAUGAGUAAUGUAUUAAAUCCUCCAAACAAUGCAGUUUUUUCUACUGCAUCGACUGGAAGUGGUUCCUUGAAGAGUCAGCCUGGUUUGCUGGGAAUGCCUUUAAAUCAGAUCUUGAACCAGCACAACGCUGCCUCUUUUCCAGCAAGUAGUUUACUCUCAGCAGCAGCCAAAGCACAGCUAGCAAAUCAAAAUAAACUUGCUGGUAACAAUAAUAACAGCAGUAGCAGUUCUGGACCUGUUGCCAGUGGUGGCAACAACGAAGGACAUAGCACUUUAAAUACCAUGUUCCCUCCUGCUGCCAAUGUGCUCCUACCAACAAGCGAAGGGCAAAGUGGUCGAGCAGCACUGAGAGAUAAACUGAUGUCUCAGCAAAAAGAUCCCCUGAGAAAAAGAAAGCAGCCAACCACCACUGUGUUGAGUUUGCUGAGACAGUCUCAAUUGGACAGUUCUGGAGUCUCCAAGGCUGGAUCCGAUUUGAUAAGAAAACAAAGUCAAAGCUCAUUUCCCAUCAGUUCAAUGUCCCAGUUGCUUCAGUCCAUGAGUUGUCAAAGCACUCAUAUGAGCAGCAAUAGUACCACCAGUUGUGGGAGCUCAAAUACUGUUUUACCUUGCUCUGGUAACCAGAUGCAUUUUGCAGACACCAAUAUGAACCCUGGCACUCUUCAGAAUUCACUGGCACAGAGUUUACCCUUGAGAGGGGAAGGUAUGCACUGCCAGAACACAAACACUAACUUUGUCCAUGGUACUAGCCCAGGCUCAACCAACCAUCUGGCAGGUUUAAUAAAUCAGAUGCAGGCUAGCGGGAACUGUGGGAUGCUCAGUCAGUCAGGAAUGGCUUUAGGAAGUUCAUUACAUCCGAACCCACCUCAGCCAAGAAUCCAGGCACCCGCCACUCCAGUGAUACCAAACAGCAUUGUUAGCAGCUGUAAUCAAACCAGUCCUGAAGCAGGGGUUUCAGGACCAUCAUCAUCUAUAGCCAUAGCUGGCACCAGCCAACCUGCCAUCACAAAGACAACAUCUGUUCUUCAAGAUGGCGUUAUAGUCACUACUGCAGCUGGAAACCCGCUUCAGAGCCAGCUGCCUAUUGGGAGCGAUUUCCCUUUUGCUGGUCACGAACACUCGCUUCAUUUUCCGCAGAACAGCUCUUCAAACAACAAUCUUCCACACUCUUUGAAUCAAAACCUCCUCAAUUCUCUGCCUAUCUCUUUGCCAGUGAAUCAGCAACAUCUCCUAAACCAGAAUCUAUUAAAUAUACUACAGCCUUCAGCAGGAGAAGGCAAGUGUGAGGUCAACCUCAACCCUUUAGGUUUUCUCAACCCAAAUGUAAAUGCUGCUUUAGCUUUUCUCUCCAGUGACGUGGAUGGGCAGGUAUUGCAGCCUGUUCAUUUUCAGCUCCUAGCAACCCUCCUUCAGAACCAAGCCCAAGCAGCUGCCAUGCUUCCCCUACCAUCUUUCAAUCUGACCAUCUCAGAUCUGUUGCAACAGCAAAAUAACCCUUUGCCCUCAGUAACACAGAUGACAGCCCCACCCGACCACUUGCCGAGCACUCAGUCAGAGAGCAACAGGGUUGAGACCCUCCUCACCAACCCCUUGGGAAACCCCAUGCCAAGCUUUGCAGGCACUGACACUACUUCCAACCCCCUGCUCCUUCCAGCUGUCUCUGGGGCCUCAGCAUUAAUGGCCUUGAAUCCCCAGCUGGUGGGAGGUGUCCUGAACUCCGCGUCGGGCAACACCGCUAAUCAUCCAGAGGUUUCCAUAGCCACCUCCUCCCAAGCAACCACUACCACAACCACUACAUCAUCAGCAGUGGCAGCACUGUCUGUCUCAACCCUGGGUGGUGGGACAGCAGUGGUGUCAAUGGCAGAAACAUUGCUCAACAUAUCUAAUAAUGCUGGGAAUACAUCUGGUCCAGCUAAACUCAACAAUAACUCUGUGGUGCCACAGCUACUUAACCCUCUACUGGGGACAGGUCUGCUUGGUGACAUGUCAUCUAUAAACACUACUUUGAAUAACCAUCAGCUGAGUCAUCUCCAGUCGCUCUUAAACAACAAUCAGAUGUUUCCUCCAAGUCAGCAGCAGCAGCACCUUCUCCAGGGGUAUCAGAACGUGCAGGGCUUUCAAGGCCAGCCCCCCAUUCCUGGCCCGGCUAACAACCCAAACCCCAUGGCAUGCCUCUUCCAAAACUUCCAGGUGAGAAUGCAGGAAGAUGCUGCUGUCCUAAACAAAAGAAUGAUCACUCAAAUGGGAAUGACACCAGUUCCUGAGAGCUCCAAUACUAUGCUUCCUCCUUUCCAAGAAACAUCUUGUGAUUUGCAGCAAAGAACUGAACCAUCUCUCGGACAACAGGCAAAGGAUAACCUCAAUGUCGCUGCUCAGGGUGAUACAUCAGUGGACGCUAUCUACAAAGCGGUUGUAGAUGCUGCAAGCAAAGGAAUGCAAGUAGUAAUCACCACUGCCGUUAGCAGUACAACACAGAUGAGUCCCAUUCCAGCUUUGAGUGCCAUGAGUGCCUUCACAGCCUCAAUUGGUGACCCAUUAAAUCUUUCUAGUGCUGUCAGUGCGGUAAUCCACGGAAGAAAUAUUGCCGUUUCUGAUCACGAAGGUAGGAUAAGAAACACUAGAGGAACACGAAUACUGAAGAAUUCAGAACAUGGUAAAAAUUCAAGUGAAGGGGAUGGGUAUGAAUAUUACAAAUCGACAAGUUGUAACACGCCCAAAAAACAGUGGGAAGGGGAGCAAAGUCCUGUCAGUGAGAUAAAUAGGUGGAAAUGUGAUGAGUUUCUAGACCACUCUACCCAUAUCCAUAGUAGCCCUUGUCAUGAAAGGCCCAAUAACAUCUCCACACUGCCAUUAUUACAAGGUGAGCAGCAUCAGAUACUGUUAUCACAACGAAACUGUCAAAGUGAUAAAAUGUUGGAGGAGAAUUUCAGGUAUAACAAUUACAAAAGAACUAUGAUGAGUUUUAAGGAAAGACUGGAGAACACUGUGGAACGAUGUGCACACAUAAAUGGAAAUAGGCCUCAACAGAACAGAGGGUUUGGAGAAUUGCUGAACACUUCUAAACAAGACCUAAUUCUGGAAGAGCAGUCUCCAAGUUCCUCGAAUAGUUUGGAGAGUUCAUUGGUGAAAGACUAUAUCCAUUACAAUGGAGAUUUUAAUGCCAAAAGCAUUAAUGGGUGUGUGCCUAGCCCUUCAGAUGCUAAAAGCAUCAGUAGUGAAGAUGACCUAAGGAAUCCAGAUUCCCCUUCUUCAAAUGAGUUGAUACAUUACAGGCCGAGGACGUUUAAUGUUGGCGACUUGGUCUGGGGCCAAAUCAAAGGACUGACUUCAUGGCCUGGGAAACUAGUAAGAGAAGAAGAAGUUCACAAUUCAUGUCAACAAAACACUGAGGAGGGGAAGGUCUGGGUAAUGUGGUUUGGUGUUCAUACCUUCACUCAGGUGGAGCCGGAGAAGUUGAAGACACUAACGGAGGGUCUAGAGGCUUACAACCGAGCCAGGAAAAGGAACAGAAAAAGUGGAAAGCUAAAUAACCAUUUAGAAGCUGCUAUUCAUGAGGCCAUGAGUGAACUAGACAAAAUGUCUGGGAAUGUCCACCAAAUCCCCCAGGGAGACAGACAAGUGAAGCCUCCAAAACCCAAGCGGAGGAAGAUCUCCAGAUAACAUUGAAUGUCUUUGUUACUGGUCCAGUGCUUAUCAACGUGAACAUGCACAUAAGUCUGUGUGUAGGUAUUGAUAUAGACGUGGUUAUAUCAAUAUUUAUAUGAAGACAGAUAGAUACCAUCACUGGGUGCUACGUGGAUUAGUGGUACAAUAUUUUUGAUGAUUAGGAGGGAUAGUGGUUGCUGGAUAAGCCAAUCAGAAAUCUUGGAAGGUUACAGUAACAAUGUCAGAUGAUUACUGAAAUUUUUUUCUAUAAUACUAAAAUUGUGAUUAUAAGAAAUAGUCCAAAUGUUUCUGAGAAAUUUUCAUUGUGUAUAUAGAUAAUACAGAAUUUCAUGGUGAUAUCUGAAAUGUAAAUAUUGUACAAUAUUGUCAUGUACAAGCGUACCUAAUGCACACUUUAUCUUUUAUUGUACAAAAAAAUAGUGUACAAAAUUCUUUGGUUUCUAUUGAGUACACAUACAAGAGACUACCAGUGUAAAGUGAUAAAUAAAAAUACAGCCUAAAUGCUUUUAUAUGAUAAUGUAAAAGAUGCUGUUUUUGUAUUUAACAGCAGAGAGAAGGCAUGACAAUGUAAUACCGUAAUGAUGACAUACGCCUCACGCCGCUGCGUGUUCGUUUCUCUUGUCUGUUCGGAAGGAGCCUUGCCUGGAGGCGCUGUGCUCCGGUCCCGGGCUCGGCAGCAGAGCGCAACCCUGCAGGUUCCUAAAGGGAUGUGGGAUCGCAGGUCUAACAAGUAACUCAAAGGCUGCAACUAUUGGUUGCGUUUUUAUUUACUUAACUUUUAAAGUAGGAUGCUGUAGAUUUUAUUAUUAAAAAGAAAAAAAAGUAGAUGGACUAUUUUAGUCAACCAUUUCUGUAGUUAAAGUUUCAUAGCCACCUGGUAAACUAAACAGUUUUUAUCCCCAGUAACACUGAACCCUCAGAACCCCCUAGAUUUAUUAGCUUAAAUGACCUAACUUCAUUAACCAUCGUGUUUACUUUUAACGGGGCAGAGGCCCUGGUUUAGCAAUGUGCUCCGUACCGAUAGCAGUUUGGUUUUGCAGUAGAGCGAAAGGGCAAAUGCUCCACGGUGUUCGCAAACGGGACGCCGGUGUCCAUCUUGCAGUGUUAUUACAAAAAAUUAAGGGUGGCUUACAAAACUAUUAGCAACAGUAAUUUUUAUCAGUAUUAUGUAACAUAUCAGAUUUAUUUUAUUUAAAAAGAAUUAUUUAUACCAUUAACAGAUUCUUAUAUAUAUUAAUGUGGCUGAAAUGUGGAGGUUAAAUCUAUUAACCAAAUUAUUUAUGUUAUAUUAAGUGAGAAAUGUGAAACAUAUGUAGAAAAAAAUUAAUACACUACAGAUUUAAAAGUCUAAAGCUAUGAGCCAUUAUAAAAUUAACAAACGGAAGUGUAGCACAACAUUAUUUCCACUUUUAUUUCGUUUGUCUUUAACCCGGAUGCUGGCGGUGGUGGUGGAAGCGAUGACGCACGCCGUCCUCGAGGCUCCCCGGAGUAACUCUCCGUGCGGCGCUGCUGCCGCCCGGACGGAGCCCUGAGCCCUGCUCCGUCCCGGGGCACCGCUUCCCUCCGGGCUCCUUCCUCCCCGCGUUCCCGGGUCUCUGCUCCCCGGCUCGGGGCCGGCAGCGAUCGGGGCCGCCGCCGCCCGCCGUUCCCCUCGCCGCUCGCUUUGCCCGAACCCCGGGCCUCUCCGCCAGCCUCCCCCCGAGGAGGACGAGGCCGAAGGCUCUGCCGGCCGCGGCGCCCGGGUGCGCGACGCGCUGCGCCGCCGGCACGAGCCCUUCCUCCUCUCUGCCUCCCUCGUCCCUCUCUCC